GUUGAAUAUACUGCCACUACACGUUUUUUUUUAUUUGAAUCAUAUAUCGCUGCUAUAAUUAUCAAAAGAUCAAAAGUUAUUUUUAAAGUCAUUACUGUUUCACAAAUAUGUCUGAUACUAAGCUGAAAGAGUUAUUGAAGACAAUGGGGUCAAAGCUUCUAGAUGAUGAUGAAGAUUUCAAGUUGACUGAACCGAAAAGGAUAGUUUCAACCGGCUCAAGCAGUGCUAGUGAAGGAAGUGUCGUUGUCCACAAGAAAUUCGACCAAACACUACAAAACAUACAAGAUGGUGACGAAGAAGCCUCGGAGGAUGAUGAAGGAGAACAACCACUCAGAAUAAAGACAAAGAACUUACAAGAAGAAGAAACAGACGAAGAUGAUGAUUUCAAUGAUUAUGUUAUCGAACCUCCAUUGCCUCCACCAAAAGAACUACAUCCAGGUAAAUUAUAUGCAUUAUAUGAGUUUUCUGGUAAUGAUCCAUCACAUUGUGAGUUGGAAAGAGAUGAUGCUGUCUUCCUGCUGAAUGACCAAGACAGUUAUUGGUGGUUGGUGAAGAAAGAAUUUGAUGGCAAGAUUGGGUUUGCGCCAGCAGAGUGUUUGGAAACAUACCACGAAAGAUUGGCAAGGCUGAAUUGCUGGAAAAAUGAAGAACUAGAAAGAAACUCCAAAGAGACACUAGAGAAGUUCCCAAACAGAUUAAGAUCAGAUUCUAGGGUCAACAAAUGUGUUGCAUUUUCAAAUAAUGUGAUUAUAACGGAUGAAAUCGAAGAUGAAAAGAGUCAGUCUGAUGAAGAUAGUGAUGAUGAAGAGCAUGAAGAAGAUGAUGAACAGGAAAGCAAUUACGACGAUGAUGAAUAUAAUGAUCAAAUACCGACAGAAGAAGAUGAAGUAUUAACUGUGAGUGAUAAUUUCCCAGUUACACCAUUGACAAUAGCAAAGAAAAAUAAACCAAAACCAAGAGCAUAUAGUGAAUCAGAUUUUGAUGAUGAAAGUCCUUUAGUGGCCCCAACUGCAUUUUUCAACAUCAAUAACAAUACCUCAGGCUCAAUAGGGACAUAUUCACCAAGUUCUUCAGAGUUUGAUUCACCAGGACAUACACCACCUCUCACUCAAUUCAGAAAACCGGUUAAAGAACAAUUGGAUGAACAUUCUGAGAAAAAAGGUAAUAUACCCCAAUCUAAAGGCACAACUGAUAUGUUCAAUAGUAUACGGAUGUUGGAUGAGAUUAUUAAUGAUGAACUGAAUACAACAAAAUCCUUGAGUGACGGCAACGAAGGUGAUGAUACAAUAACUUAUGAUGAUGAUGAUGAUGAUAAACUCUCAUCUCCAAUCACGCUAGAUGACGAAAAGAAAAACCUAUCAAACAUGACAAAUUCAACUUUCACCAAUUCAAACACUUCUUUGCAAUUAACAAGCACAACAACUUCAGUUGAUAACGAUUCAAUUUCAAAAGAUUACUCAUAUAAUGAUCUAAGUACGCCAAAACUAGAAAGCACAUCACACCCUGACAUUGAAUCGAUUUUCCAAGGAUCACUCUCCAAAAUGGAUGAAUUGGCUGAAAAGUUAAGAUUACUAAAUGAAAGAUUCAGCUAAUAUUGUUAUGUUUUAAUUUGCAUUCUGUUUUUUUGAUUUUAAGCAUUCAAUUUUCACUUCAUGGUACCUUUUUCUGCCUUCAAAGAAUGAACUUCUUUCUUCAAUACAUUCCAGCCAUACCUGCUCUAUGUAUGACCAAACAUUACAUUGAAAUAUUCAACGUAGAUGCUACUUAAUCUGACAUCCUGCUUAUACGCCUUUCGCGAAUGUGACCUGUACCGGAUCGAGCUCAUCGCCUAGGGUAACAAUUUUUUU